UGAAUGUCUUUUUGCUUUUUGUUUUUUGUGUUUCGAAUCUUCUUUGCGUCUCUUGCAGGAUCGAGAUAGUUAUUGGAAGACGAUGCAGAAAUAUAUAGGUUCAGAUGUUACAUCAAUGGUGACGCUUCCAGUUCUUAUAUUUGAGCCCAUGACAAUGAUUCAGAAAGUGGCAGAGGCCUGUGCUAUUUGCACUUUAAACCUGAUGCUUGUCAAUUUUGUGCAAUGCCUUCAGCCUUGCUUAUCACAUAUUGAGCAUUAUAAAUUGUAUUAUCCUCACAUAUGCUGGAGUACUCCCACUUGUUAGACCUGGCUGAUGAAUGUGAGGAUCCUUACAUGCGGAUGGUCUAUGCUACAUCAUGGGAAAUAUCUGUUUACUAUGCCUAUCAACGAACCUGGAAGCCCUUCAAUCCCAUCCUUAGUGAGACUUAUGAAAUGUUUAAUCAUGGUGGCAUUACAUUCCUUGCGGAGCAGGUGGGUCAUCAUCCUCCAAUGAGCGUGGGGCAUGCAGAAAAUGAUCAUUUUACCUAUGACGUGACAUCCAAGUUAAAGACCAAAUUUCUGGGAAACUCCGUAGAUGUGAUUCGGUCCUUCUAA